UGAAUAUAUAGCUCAGUAGAGACUUAUCCUCUCCCAUUUCAUGCAUACAGGCUGCGGGCUCAGCCUCUGAGGUCAAUUUGCCCAGCCCAGAAAUGAAUCGUCAAUGUCAGAUCAGUGAGUGAGUGUCGUAGGAAGAGACACAACGCACACACACACACGCGACAAAAAGUGCACGCAGGCCACACACAGAACUGACACAAGCCCUAUCUGUAUCUGUGUGCAAGGCUUAGCCCAGCUGGCUAUGCAUAGAGCAAUAGUAGGGGUGAAAGCGACACGAAAGACAGACACAAGACCAUCGCGGAGAGAGACAGGAGAUGGCACAGAUAGCAGCUGCCGCAGAUGGACAGACACCUCUGCGGCUGGGCUGGCCAGCAGAGACAGAUGCACACUGACCGUGACAGCAGCCGUGCUACACCUGGAAGGCUGGCAGCUGGCUCCUGCAGAGGUACACGACACACGACAGACACCAGACGACACAUGCAUGACGCAGUCAGUGGCCCCGCCCCCCAUUCGCGUACCGUCGUCUCCUUGGGCUUUCUUCCUCCAAAGCCUCCUGCAGAGCACACAAGACAAGCAGGAUUGCAGAUGAGAGAGUCUCAUCUGUGUGUGUUUGUUCGGUUGAGCUCACAAGUGCGCCCGGCUGUGCCUCGAGGUCUGUCUCGGCGGCUUCAGCCUUGGCAACGGCCUCCUUCAGCUUCUGAGCCUCAACGCGGCGCUUCAUACGACGCCUGAGACACAGACAGACAGAGAGACAGACAGACAGACAGACAGGCAGAGACACACGAUGGCUGAAUCUAGGGAUGAAAAGCUUGUGGUCUCUCUCUCUCUCUCUCUGUGUGUGUGUGUGUGUGUGAGUGUGUGUGUACCUCCUGGCGUGCCAGCAGCAUGCGGCCAUAGUGAGGAUCAAGAAGGUGCCGGUGCCGACUAUACCAAUGAUCACCGGCACUGCGUUCGUUGAUGAAAAUGGAUAAAGCAAGCAUGCGCAAAUGGUCGACCGGCCUCCCUGCCUGUCCCUCUUCUCUGAGCUACUGUACCUGUGAAGAAUCCCUCAGGGCAUCUUCUCAUCCUGUUCCAGAUCUCCUCAAUCGUGUUGUCGUCGUUGUCCGUUAUCAGACAACCUGCACAUGCACACGAAGCGACAGGAUGACAGCGAAGAACGACUACAUCAAACAUAGUGUCAGAGCCUGCCAACCGUUCUCGCACGGCUUGCCCCCACGGAGCUUCUCGCACUCCUGCACGUAUGACACAACGGCACAAGCAACAGAGGUGGAUGGUAAGUGCAUGUCCGCUUUCUCCAGUUUGCUCCGUCCGUCCGUUUGUCACCUUGACGACAUCUUCAUAGGUAUCCCAAAAGGAGCUGUUGUGGCCUCGUACGGAGUUGUGGACCAGCUCGUGCAGCACGGUGCCGAUCACCUGCUCGUACGGCACGAAGUCAUCGUUGUUGAAUCGCACCCGGACCUGACCCACAGCAUAGAAAUACCUGCAGCGGAUGUGUGUGGCGUGUGCCUUCUUCCUGUGGGGCCAAGCCAGUACAAACCUUGACUUCCUCUCCCUGGUUGACAUUGAGCCCCAGCAGUGACUUCUUGCUGGGCUUGAACUCGCGCAUCAGAUACACCGACCACUGACGAUUGCACAUGAUGGGGCGCACCUGCAGAGAAAGCAACGAGGCCAACCAACCAACCAAACUGCAAUCAAUAUGUGUGUGCACGCAUCGAUUUCUUCCCAUGAGCUGACUGACUGACUGACCAGGUUGGUGGCGUCCCUGAGCAUCUGCAUGGCCUUGCGGUCGUUCCUGUACCCCUCGGUUUUGAUCUCCCGCACCACAUACGGGUCGCAAGACUCACUCAGCUCCCGCCACGCCCCACCUCCCGGAUCUGAGUCACCUAUCGUCCUCUGAUCUUCAGCAUCACAUGUGCGUGCCAGCACCAACACUGCCGUCGCAAAAAGGGCCCUCUGCAGCAGCUGGGCGAAUGCCGAGUGGCUUCUCCUUCUUCGACGUUUGUUUGGCUGCGGUUCAUCGGGUGUUGGGGGAGUUGGGAUGGCAGUGGGGGCCUCCACAUCAGACACUGGGGAAGCGGGGGCUGGCCUGGCUUGACGACGGCGCAUUGAUUGCACCUCUCAGCUGAAGGGAACU